UAUUGACAGGUUGAACGCGGACGUCUCUUGUGCGCGCUCCGUGCAAAGUUAUGCGGAACUUUUGGCUCGAUCUCGGCGUGUUUCUGCUCUCGCUUCCUAUUUACUGAACCCGCAAGCUUCCUUGUCACAGACUGACGCGGGGACAGAGGCUGUUUUGGAGGCUGACAGCGACAAGUGGUAGCAGCCAGGGCCAGGGACAGCGCACAGGAGCUGCAGAGAGGGAAGGAGACGGAGCCUCCUCACCUGCUGAGAUAAGUCCCAUUCAGCAUGAGCGCUGGAGGGUCCUUAUUAAAAUAAACGAAAAUGAAGUUCAACGGGUAUCUGAAGAUCAGGAUCGGCGAGGCUGUGGACCUGAAACCUACAACCUUCUCCCUCCGCCACUCUGUCAUUUUCAACAAGGCGCCCCCGAACCUGGACCCGUACAUUGUGGUGAAGGUGGACGACUAUAAAAUUGGACAGACACACACGAAACAGAAAACCAACACGCCGACUUUCAACGAGGAGUUUUGUCUCAGUGUCAACGACGGGAAGCACAUCGAGCUGGCUGUUUUCCACGAUACUCCAAUCGGAUAUGAUGACUUUGUGGCCAACUGCACCAUUCAGUUUGAGGACCUGAUUAAAACCUCCAAUACAGAAGAGACUUUUGAGGGAUGGAUGGACUUGGAGCCAGAGGGCAAGGUCUACGUCCUUAUUACACUCACUGGGUCCUUCACUGAUGAUGAAGCCAUGGUGAAAACCUACAAGCAGUUUACGAGGAAACGCCAGGGCGCCGUGAAGCGGAGGAUCCACCAAGUCAACGGACACAAGUUCAUGUCCACCUUCCUCCGGCAGCCCACCUUCUGUUUCCACUGCAGAGAGUUCAUAUGGGGUGUGUUUGGGAAGCAGGGCUACCAGUGCCAAGUGUGUACCUGUGUGGUCCACAAACGAUGCCAUCAGCACGUCGUCACUGUGUGUCCGCGCAUGAAGAAGCCAACAAGGGAACAGAGCAUAACCCAAGGCUUCAGUAUCAACGUUCCUCACAAGUUCAACAUCCACAACUAUAAGUCGCCCACUUUCUGUGACCACUGCGGAUCACUGCUGUGGGGAAUCGUCAGGCAGGGGCUGCACUGCAAAAUUUGUAAAAUGAACGUGCACAUCCGCUGCAAGGGCAACGUAGCUCCCAACUGUGGGGUCAACAGUGUGGAGCUCGCCAACAAGCUGGCAGAGAUGGGCCUGCAGGCCGGGGGACUUUCCAAACGCGGCUCACUGGUCAGCAAUGCAGGCCAGAGCCAGUCACGAGCGUCCAGCGUGAGGAAGGACAUUGAGGAGCCUCAGCAGCAGGCCAGGCGGCUGGGCAUCUCCAACUUCACCUUCCUGCAAGUACUUGGCAAGGGCAGCUUCGGCAAGGUGAUGCUGGCGAGGCUGAACGGUAAAGAUCAGGUGUUUGCGGUCAAGGUGUUGAAGAAGGACAUCAUUCUGCAGGAUGAUGAUGUGGAGUGUACCAUGACGGAGAAGCGGGUGCUGUCGCUGGCCCGCUGUCACCCCUAUCUCACGCAGUUGUACUGCUGCUUCCAGACACCAGACCGUCUUUUCUUUGUGAUGGAGUUUGUGAAUGGUGGCGACCUCAUGUUCCACAUCCAGAAGUCAAGGAAGUUUGAAGAGGCCAGGGCGCGUUUCUACACAGCCGAGAUCACCUCCGCCCUCAUGUUCCUGCACAGCAAAGGCAUCAUCUAUAGGGAUCUAAAGUUGGACAAUGUUCUUCUUGACAAAGACGGUCAUUGUAAGCUGGCAGACUUUGGAAUGUGCAAGGAGGGCAUGUUUGACGGCGUGGCCACGGGCACUUUCUGCGGCACCCCAGAUUACAUCGCUCCGGAGAUCCUCCAGGAGAUGCUGUAUGGAUCUUCUGUUGAUUGGUGGGCUCUGGGGGUGCUGCUGUAUGAGAUGCUGUCUGGCCACGCCCCCUUCGAGGCUGAGAAUGAGGACGACUUGUUUGAAUCCAUCCUCAAUGAGGAGAUUGUUUAUGCGUCCUGGCUCAGCACAGAGGCUGUGAAUAUACUCAAAGCUUUCCUGACCAAGAACCCGGCGCGGCGUCUGGGCUGCGUGGCCUCAGAGGGCGGUGAGAGCGCCGUGACCAGCCAUGCCUUCUUCUCUGGCAUCGACUGGGACAAGCUGAACCGCCGGGAGCUCGAGCCGCCCUUCAAACCCAGGAUAAAAACAGCAGAGGACGUCAACAACUUUGAUCCUGACUUUACCCAGGAAGAGCCCACCCUCACGCCCAUCGAUGACCCCCUCAUCCCCUCUAUCAAUCAGGAUGAAUUUUUGAACUUCUCCUUCACCUCGCCUGAACUGCUGGAAAGCUAGGGGGGUGUCCUCACCGACCUGCCUCUAACUGCUGGCCUCUCUCCGUCUUCUCACUGUCUGUAGCUUUGUCUCAGACAGUUCCCGCUGCCGCAUGUGAUAUAGUGACAUUACGAAGAGAUGUGAAGGUUGAUCUGCAAUGCAGCAAGUCAAAUAAAUGCUCAACAACAAACUGUGGCCGCACUUGAUGAACUCUUUAGCACGACUCCUAAAACGUGGCACUUGAAGGCAACCUUUUGUAUAUCAGCUUUUGAAUUGUCUUUCAGUUUAUAACUUCAGUGUGGCUGUAUGGUUUGGAUACAUCCAUGUAAGUGUCGGCAUUGAAACGGUGUAAUGCUACUUUACAGACCUAAUGAAGAGCCUUGUGGAUCAUCAGCUGUCAUGCCGUUAGGAAAAUGGCCACCUUUUGGAAGAACAUAAAACAUUCCUGCAGAGUCUGGCUCAGGUCACGCCAAGGCUCAUUUUAACAAACUUGUUACAGCUGUUUGUCAAAACAAUGUCAGAUUUAUUUUGUGAAAUUGCUCUCAUGCAGAUGAAUGAAUUUGCUUUUUGGUUACUGAAAAUGAAAAAACACUUUUGGAAGA